AUGUCCGUCCAAACUGGCCACGAACUCUACCAUGAAUUGACUCCUUUGUACUUCCGUUACAUCCACAAUGUGGCCCAUACCAUGUUUCACGAAGCAAACUUCAUGCAUCGAUUAUAUGAAAGCAAAGCGCCACCCAUUUUGGUUUAUGCCAUGUACUCACUUGCUGCGAGGUUUUCCAACCACCCACAUUACGAGGAAACUGCCCGUGGUCAGCGUGGAAAGCUAGGCGCCUCCGCAGUGGAGAGUCUCAUCCACCAGUCUAUCACGACACCCAGCCUGGAAACAAUACAGGCCUUGAUAUUAAUCGGCUACUACUACGGCGGGGAAGGCAACACGAAAGCCAAGCACAUUUAUAGUGGACUCGCUAGAUUGCAUGCGGAAGCUCUGGGGAUGCCCAAUAUUCCAAAGGAUGCCACUAUCAUGCGCCAGGAGGAGUAUCGUCGUACUUGGCUCUCUAUCCAUAUUGCAAGUCAUUGGACAGCAACAGAUAUGUCUAUUGAGUCUGUGUCAUUUGCACAUGGCCCGGAAUUUACGCCACUGGAAGUCGAUGAUGUGACAUUUGCUAGUCUCGACCCAGAUCCGCCACAGAUAACUUCACCGUGCAAUAUGUGGGCGCAUAUGGCCAAGACACUCGAAAUUUUCAACAGAACCAGUGCACUUCUUCGACAGCUAAGCCAAGGUCUGAUACCAUUUGGUGAUUAUUGCAUAGAAGCAACGGGACUAGAACACAGCCUGGAUAAGUGGGAGCAAAACUUGCCUCCAAAUUUACAAUACAACAUGGAAAAUAUCCUAUCCUGCGUCAAAAAUCGGCUUGGUCGAACAUUUCUAGCAAUGCAUAUUGGCCGUCACCACUUCCGCCAAAUGCUCUUCUUCCCUUUCCUCGAUGCACGCAGCAACCGGGAUACACCAAAUUUUUCACAAGGAGCAGCCCAAUGCAAACAGAGCGCAAGCACCGUCUCCGAAAUAAUAAAAAAUAGCACAGAUAUCGACGGCUGCGAUCUGAACUAUUUCAUUUAUGGCCACAUUGCUGUGAUCAGUUCUUGCGUCCACCUUCACGCAUUGCUCUUUAGUGACAACGCCGAGGAACUUACGAUGGCACGACAACAACUCGUCUCGAAUUUUGAGUACUUGAUGAGAAUCAAAUCAUAUUGGCCUGUGGUGGAUCAUUCUGUAGCACGACUACGCAAGUUCCAAAACUCUUGCCAGGAUGCGAUAUCAGAUCCAUUCGUGCUCGAUAAUUGGAUGUCUCGAUUCCUGACUGAGCAUUCUUCCGAUCUCUCUGAGCGCCAGAUGCCAAUAAUGCAGCCUGAGGAAGUUAUAGAACAGAACAUUACACGUCAUAAGAGCGCAGAUAUUGAUUUCACUGCGGAACAUCCAGAACUGACUGGCGCUCCCCAAGCAAUCGAUAAUCUAGAAAUUGGUUCUGAGGUGCAGGGUCUAUCUGACCUGUUACACGACGAAAAUGUGACAAGCGAAGCUCUUGUUAACCAUGCCAUUGACUGGCUACUGGAGUAA